AUGGCGUCCAAUAUCCUGCAGCUCCCAUUUCGUCGGUCCCCCACCGUCUCGCUGUCGGAUGCGAUCACCCAGUAUAUUUCCUCCAAAUAUGACCAGCGUCCGGAUAUGUUUGCGGAAGAUCUGAUGAUUAUCGAUCGUCUCCGCACCGAGGCAGUUAAUGUCCAGGAAGCGCAUGUCAGCGGCAUCAGCCGGUUGGUCACAUACGCGGCGCAGCUCAAAUGGCUUGGAGGGAAAUUUCCGAUAGAUGUUGGGGUUGACUUUUCGUGGUAUCCGUCCCUGGGGUUUAAUUCUUCGCGGCCUGUUUCUCAAAAUAACCUACGAUUUGAACUGGCAAAUAUCCUUUUUAACCUUGCGGCUCUAUAUUCACAACUUGCCUAUGCGCUGAACCGAACGACUGCAGAUGGGCUGAAGCAGGCCUGCAACUAUCUUUGCCAGGCAGCCGGUGUUUUGAGUCAUCUCCGGACAGAAAUCAUCCCGGAUCUUCGGUCCUCACCACCGGAGGACAUGGACGAUGCAACCUUGCAGAGCUUAGAACAGCUCUUCCUCGCGCAGGGACAGGAAUGCUUUUGGCAGAAGGCCGUGAAGGAUGGAUUGAAGGAUGUCUCGAUUGCCCGCCUGGCGGCCCAAGUCUCCGACUUUUAUGGGGACUCUGGGGACUUUGCAGUCAAGUCCAAUGCUAUCAGUACCGAAUGGAUCCACCAUAUGACAGCCAAACACCACCACUUUGCAGCUGCAGCACAGUACCGGCAAUCGCUUGAUUGCCUGGAGAAACGCAAGUACGGCGAGGAGGUGUCCCGUCUGCGUGAUAGUCUGAAUUGCGUCAACGAAGGACUGAAAGAAUCGCGCUGGAUCAAUCGAACAGUGCUUGGUGACCUGAAUGGACUGAAGAGCCGCGUCACAGAUGACCUAAAGCGUGCAGAGAAGGACAAUGAUAUCAUAUACCUCAACGCGGUGCCCCCGAAGUCAGAGCUGAAGACGAUUUCUCGUGUCGCCAUGGUUGAUUCUAAGGCACCUUCACAAGUCACGGAUGCAAUUUCUAUGCUCGGUGACAAUGGACCACUCGGCCAGCCUCUUUUCGCGAAGUUGGUCCCAUAUGCGGUGCAUAUCGCGGCUAGCAUCUAUUCUGAUCGUCGAGAUCGACUGGUUAAUGAUUCACUUAUUAGAGAGCUGGAGUCUAUGACUGAUAAGUUGAGAGAUCUACUGUCGUCACUGAACUUACCCGGAUCUCUACAAGCGUUGGAAAAGCCCCUGGGUCUCCCAGGCACUGUGGUUUCCCAUGCGGAGGAGAUGCGACAGCAAGAUGGCUUGAAUCGUUUGCGGCGGUCUGUUGAGGACACAGCCACAGUCAAAUCUAACGACCGAUUUAUUUAUAACGAAGGCGUGGAGUUGCUGGCGACCGAAAAAGCCGAAGAUAAUGCGGCACGCCGAAAGUAUGGGACCGAUCGAUGGUCCCGCCAGUCUUCGGAGGCUGCUGCGCCAAAGAUUUACAAUACCUCCAAGGAGAUCAACGGCUACUUUACCUCCGCACAAAGCAGUGACGAUCUUGUUGAGCGCAAGUUGCGGGACUCCGAGGCCGUUUUCCGUGUCUUGACCGGCACCAACCGAGACCUCGAGUCUUAUGUGCCCAGUAGCCGCAGAGCUGCCAUUCCUCCUGAGGUGGAACAGGAGUCCAUCAAGUUGCGUAGCUGCUUAAGUGAAGUCAGUCGGAUGGAAAACCGCCGGCGCCGGCGCAUUCAAACCCUCAAGGACAAGGCCCGGGCCGAUGAUAUCCAUCCGGCCCUGCUGCGGGAGACUGCGAGGCUGGAGCGUGAAUUUCCCAUGCAGGCUAUCCAGGCAAGUCAAUUCGAGGGUCUUUUUGAAGACCAGCUGCGGCUGUAUGAUUCGGACAAGGAUAUGCUUGACCAAGAACGGGCCGAUCAGGACCGGGUCUCGGACCAGGUUCGAGAGGCCAAUCGAGCCUUCACCCGCGCGCACAAGGGAGAUGCAUCGACCAAGGAACGGGAAACAGCCCUGCAAGAGCUGGAGAAUGGGUACCUGAAGUACAAGGAAAUCAUUUCGAACCUUGAAGUAGGUCGCAAGUUCUACAAUGAUCUGGCUAAGAUCGUGAGCCGAUUCCGGGAUGAUGCAAAGGCCUUUGUGCACCAGCGGAGGAUGGAGGCCAGUCAAUUGGAAAUUGACAUCUCCAAUGUCGCCGCCAUGAACUCGCUGCAUAUCUCGCAGCCUCAUCUACGUCAGCCAUCUCACCAGCCCACUCCCGCACUUCACACCUCAUCCGCCUUUGCAUCUGCUCCACCAUCACAGCCGCCGUCGCAGCCGGCUCCUCCCAUCCAUGCCCUUCGGUCAUCUGAAGCUGCUGCCCCAUUGACCGCGCCGCAACCUGUGCGCGCUGCCGUUCCACCCUCGGUUCCCACGCCAGGCAUGUGGUCUCCCGAGAUGGGCAUUCGCUUCGACGGUGCUGCUAUCCCGCCAGGGGCUACCCCGAAUGCUGGCGCAGGAAGUACCGGUCGACCGCCUGCUCGUGGAGGCCCAGCCGGGACAUGGGAUGCCAGUCAGGGCUUGCGGUUCUCAUGA